AUGGUGCGCUUGGGCCUAGCGAUGGUGGUGGGCGUGGCGCCGGCGCUGGUCUCGUGGUGGCGCGGCCAGGGUGUCAAGCUGCCGCCGCCCCUCGUCACGCCCGCCACUUCGCCCGUAGCGGAGAAGAUCCCCAAGUGGCCGCAGCACCGCUCCCCCUCGAUCUCCGACUGCCUGGAGAGCGGAAGCGACGAGGACUCGGCCAGGUCCAUCGUGUGCCACGUGAGGCCGAAGAUCGUAAGUCCGCGGAUGCCCUAUCUCGACUGGUUCAUUGUGCUUCUCAUGCGGAUAUAUGAG